AUGUAUCUAGAUGAUCCAUCUUCUAUAGAUUACCUCAUCUCAGUUGAUGAUCACCUCGCCGCCGUAUCUAUCAAGCCACUAAAGUCAAGUAUUCUCCUUUUUGACAGUGUCUAACUAAUAAGUAUCCUGGUAAACCAAAUGAAUAGUCAUGGAUGGGUACCCCUUGUCCAAUUUGGACGAUGUGUAAAGCUAUUUUGAAUGGCACACUCGAUCCAGUUAACCUGUGUGCUCACGGAAAUAGUCGUGUGACAUAACUGUGCAGAGCUUUAAAGUUGAAUGCAACUUUGGCCGCCUCGUUCCAAAACCAGAUACACACAUUCAAAAUGUUUCUUGGUUCGAGAUUGUCUCGAAUCCGACGACAUAGACUCUCCGAUGCUUGUGUCAUGUCGAAUGGAAUUUUCGAGUGUUCUUUUUCGAUUUGAAUCGUCAUCCUUUUUCUCAUGCCGCCUCGUUUCAGUCAUUUUUCGGACGCUGAGAAUGACAUGCAACUCAUGUCCUCUACGAUCCUAACUGACUCCGGAGUUUAACGAAUGGUCAUCCGGUUGAUUUUUUCCUCGUUGCUACAUUUUGAGCUCCUAUGUUAUUAAUGUCUCCAAUAAAUGAUCAGCACGCAAAUG